UUGUGUUACCGGCAGAUUGCUGAGAAUGCUCAAACCGUGCAAGAACUGAUUUAGUCGUUUAGAACAUCAGCAACGAAUCACUGUGACAAUAGUUAAUACUUUUCAGUCUCUGUACAUCCUGAAAAGAAGUGUAAAGAGUAGGACGAUGGAACCUCAACAGACUGACAAUCAGGUUGUUAACGGUGUUACGCCAGACAAGUCAACCAACGUUAAUGUUGCUGCUACACACGAGAGGCAUUCAAGCGACAACGGCACCGAACAACAGCCGACCAGGGGAACAGAUGUGGCCCGAGCCCGGUGGACCAUUCUUCGGCAGGUGCUGAAACAGAAGCAGGUGGACAGCGAGAAGGUUCCGCAGGUGUCCGUGCGAAGGUUCUCCUCUUUCAACCUGUUCUCCAGGAGCAGGGUCACGACCCCCGACCCCGAUGACCCCUCUGAGGGACAGUGGGUGGACUACCGAAGUGCCUCCUUUCCUCAGUACAGUGCCUUCCUCAGAGACAACCUCGGGCCCAUCAGAGUGACUGAGGUGCUCAACAGCUUUGACAACACCGGAAAUGUCUGUGUUUGGCCAUCAGAGGAAGUGAUGGCCCACUACUGCCUAAAGAAGAGACACAUGUUCAGGGGCCUUUCUGUCUGUGAACUAGGGGGAGGGAUGACAUGUCUCGCUGGUCUUAUGAUUGCAGUUUGUGCUGACGCAAGAGAAGUCAUCCUAUCAGAUGGAAACGAGAAGGCCAUUCACAACGUGCGUGGCGUGAUCGAGAGGAAUCGACGGGCCGGACUCUUCACCUGCUCCGACGUGUCCAGCCGAGUGGUGCGGUGGGACAGUGAGAGUGACGUGUCUGCGCUGGAGAGCUGUUUCGACGUGGUGAUGUGUGCCGACUGCCUGUUUCUGGACCAGUACAGAGCCAGCUUAGUAGAUGCUGUGAAGAGAUUACUACGACCCAACGGUACGGCGCUGGUGUUUGCCCCUCCGCGAGGCGAGACGUUGGCCCAGUUCCGGCUGCUGGCUGAGAGGGCGGGGUUCCGCGUGUGCCAGUACCUCAACUACGACCAGGAAGUGUGGGACGUCCACAGCAGGAUGCAGAGUGAGGGGAAGGACUCGUACGAUGAGAGCAUCCACUACCCGCACCUGCUGACGCUCACCCAGGGCUGCGGAUCCACCCUCUCCCUCUGAUGCCACCUCACCUCUGCCAACCCCCCGACCCAUGCCACCACCACCACCGCCACCAUCACCACCUCCAUGCCAGCUGUGCCACACUGUUCCCUGGCACCUCCAUAUGAAUGCAGGUGCCAGUGCAUCAGGUUGCUCUCACCUUGAAACCCUCACCCGCAGUAUGCUAUUGUGGUGGCACGGAUACCGGGGUUAAAAAUGUUUUUUUUUGUUUGUUUGUUUGUUUUGUUUUGUUUUGAAAAAUAAAGGUGUUUGGUGACACUUUAUUUUGAUAGCCAAUUUCAGCACCUGUGCAGUCAGGUCAUAGAGCGUCAUCUACAAAACCAGGAAGUAGUCCAGAGCAGUCUGUUGUUAAUCCAAACCCUAACCUCACUUUAAGACUGGCCAUACCUCACAUAAACACACACACACACACACACACAAACGAGCCGUGACUAGUGUUUUAACCCAACCUAAACUAAACGCCUUAUCGUGUUCUUAGCUGUUAGUCAUGACAACCUCAAAAUAAAAUGGCUAUUGAAAUAAAGUGGGGCCAGGUUUUGAGAUGUAUUUGAGAUGUACAGUAUUUGAGAGUUUACGAAGCUAAACGCCAGCCAUUUCAUUUCAUCCGAUGUUGUAGAGCUUUUUUUAUUGGAGGACGACAGGAAGGACACAUGGUGGUGGGUGGAGGAGAAUAAAGGUGGUGUUGAGAGACAGGAGGAGGAGACAUCCACCCACUGCACAAGCUCUGGUGGACCUCUCCUUUCUAGUGCCACUAUGUGUGUGGUCUGUGUGUCUGGGUUUGUGUGUGUGUCUGUCUGCACGUGUGUGUGUGUGUGUGUGUGUGUGU